CCCGGUAUCCUACAAGGAGUCUUUAAACACCGUGUUGAUUCAAGAAGCUAUUCGGUACAACAGAUUGUUGUCGGUCAUCAACAAUUCUCUUAGGGACUUGCUGAAGGCCCUCAAGGGUCUGGUGGUGAUGUCAGAAGCGCUGGAGAGCAUGUCCGGCAGCCUGGCGCGGAAUGCCGUGCCGUUGAUGUGGAGCUCCAAGGCUUACCCAUCGCUCAAGCCGCUAGCGGCAUGGGUGAAGGACUUAUGCCUACGAGUCCAGUUCAUGCAAGGCUGGGCGGACGCGGGCAUCCCAAAGGUGUUUUGGAUAUCAGGCUUCUACUUCCCGCAGGCGUUCCUCACGGGAGCACUCCAGAACUACGCCAGGAAGCAUGUUAUUGCUAUUGAUACCAUCUCGUACGCUUUUGAGGCGCUUCCGGGGGCUCCAGCCAAGAGGCCAGAUGACGGGUGCUGCGUGCGUGGACUGUACCUCGAAGGCGCGCGUUGGAACAUGGGUGACAUGUCGCUGGAAGAAAGCCGUCCUAAGGAACUGCACACAGAAAUGGCGAUCAUCUACAUGAAACCGGAGCAGAACCACAAGCUUCAAUCAGGACUGUACGAGUGUCCCACUUACAAGACUUUACUGCGAGCCGGGACACUGUCUACUACGGGACACUCGACCAACUACGUCAUGACCAUAGAGCUGACUACCCACAAACCGCAGUCGCAUUGGAUCAAGCGUGGAGUGGCGCUGUUCUGUGCUUUGGACUAUUAAGAAAACCAAAGUAGACCAGCUCUAAUCGGGACUGUACGAGUGUCCCACUUACAACACUUUUCACUACGGGACACUCGACCAACUACGUCAUGACCAUAGAGCUGACUACCCACAAACCCCAGUCGCUUUGGAUCAAGCGUGGUGUGGCGCUGUUCUGUGCUUUGGACUAUUAAGAAAACCAAAGUAGACCAGCUCUAAUCGGGACUGCACGAGUGUCCCACUUACAACACUGUUCACAACAGGACACUCGACCAACUACGUCAUGGCCAUAGCUGACUACCCACAAACCGCAGUCGCAUUGGAUCAAGCGUGGUGUGGCGCUGUUCUGUGCUUUGGACUAUUAAGGAAACCAAGCAGACAAGCUCUAAUCGCGACUGUACGAGUGUCCCACUUACAACACUGUUCACUACGGGACACUCGACCAACUACGUCAUGACUAUAGAGCUGACUACACACAAACCGCAGUCGCAUUGGAUCAAGCGUGGUGUGGCGCUGUUCUGUGCUUUGGACUAUUAAGAAAACCAAGCAGACAAGCUCUAAUCGGGACUGUACGAGUGUCCCACUUACAACACUGUUCACUAAGGGACACUCGACCAACUACGUCAUGACCAUAGAGCUGACUACAAAUAAACCUCAGUCGCUUUGGAUCAAGCGUGGUGUGGCGCUGUUCUGUGCUUUGGACUAUUAAGGAAACCAAGCAGACCAGCUCUAAUCGGGACCGUACGAGUGUCCCACUUACAACACUGUUCACUACGGGACACUCGACCAACUACGUCAUGACUAUAGAGCUGACUACCCACAAACCGCAGUCGCAUUGGAUCAAGCGUGGUGUGGCGCUGUUCUGUGCUUUGGACUAUUGAGUGCUGUCUUCAAAAGUAGUGAGUUUAUGCAUUGUAUUUACUAUUUGAACUACUUUAUUAAAUAUUGUAUUUACAUUA